AUGAACUGCGUUAAAUUUAAGGACAGUUGACGGUCCAUUUACGCAGUCACACGGGUGAAAAACCGUUCAAAUGCGACACGUGUCAAAAGGCAUUCGCCACCAGAACUAUGGUGAAAAAACACCAAAGAACCCAUACGGGAGAGAAACCUUAUUGUUGCGACGUUUGUCACAAAAAGUUCACUCAGAGGUCCUCUCUGAAGACCCACACUAAUUUGCACAAGACGGAAGUAGAAGUGUCUAAAAAGCGUAAACUGCAAAAGGCCAAAGCCACCGUGAAAAUCGAAGUGACGAACAGCGAUAAGUCGGACGUUAAAACGGAGUUUACGGUCAUACUGCCCGCGCCUAUUCCUCUAUUGACCGACGUAGAGUAACGCUCAACCGUAAGUACGAAUAAUUAACUUGAAUUUCAUGGUUGUAUUG